UUCAAAAAUUCAACUCUCGCAUUAGUGACAUUGACUGACUAGUGACUCAUCUGACAGUCAGCUCAAGUCAGCUGGUUUUUAACCUUAGUUUAAGCUCGUGUUAUUGGUAUUUUUUCUGAUUUAAAAUCAAUGAAAACAGUUUUAUAUUUACUCGUAAGAAAGUAUAAUGAAAGCCAGAUAUUUAACAUUCUUCUCUUAUAUAGGAACGCGGUUUAGGUCUUCCGAAAAGAUAUGGUUGAAAGAGGGCCGCAAUUACCCAGACCUUGAAAGUAUCCAAGGUUUGAUGGAAUUUGCGCUUCUCAGGCUUAAGUCAAUGAACUAUCCCAGUCUUACGCUAUCGAGCCGUACAGAUGGUGGAGUCCAUGCCUUGAACACAAGUGCACAUUUUGACUUGGAGAGGUUCGGCUCUUCCAUAUACAACACAGAAAACAUCACUUACACUCUGAACAAAUUCUUCUACCAACACAAUUACAGCAUUUUUGUUAAGAAAUGUAUUAGAGUGCAUGAUAACUUCCAUGCAAGACACCAGGCUAUCGGUAGAACCUACUUGUACAGAUUAGCAGUGAAAAAGGAUGAAGUAGUUCUUCCUGAGAAUAUUACAAUAGCCUCAUACAUACCCAUAGAAGAGUGGAGACGGUGUCAUUUUAUGAGAUUACCAGGUUUUGAUAUAGAAAAAUUCAUAGAAGGCUCCAAAUAUUUUGUUGGUUACCAUGACUUCACGUCAUUCAAGAGGUUUGACAAGUUAAAACAACACAAGCACAACAGGAGAGAGAUUCAGUACAUUAAAGUGAGGCCGGGCAAGCCUAAUCUUACCAGCUACGAGAGGGGAGAAGAAAGCAUAUUCAAUUAUUGGGAUAUUGAGAUCAGAGGCAGAGGAUUUGUACACAAUCAGAUCCGUCGCAUGGUAGGGACACUCAAUGCUGUCGCCGCUGGCAAGCUCCCAGUUGAAGAAAUAAAGGUUAUGCUACAAAUUCCUUCCAAGCACUCUUGGCACAACUCUAUCCAAGCAGGACCUGCAGACGGCCUGUACCUGUGCGACGUACAUUAUAACCCUGAGGAUCUAGUCUAUGACCCUGAGAAAACUCUGGAAGAAAAGGACGAAAGUGAUAGUGAUGCUGAAUGUGAUUAAUACAAAAGAAACUGGACUAUUAUAAAAACAAUUUGUGCAUUUACAACUCGUUAAAAAUGAGUUUCCUCAACGAACUGCAGAAACGCAAAAAUGUGCUGAAGAAAACAGAAACGGUUGUCACUAAAGUCGACGGCCAACGGUACGUCGAGAAAGACUCCGUAGUAACGGCUAUAUGUCCUAACACUUACGGAUUUGUAGUAGACACGAAACCUGACAAUGUUCCCGCGUUAAUAUCGGACCAUGUGUACAUAGGAUCACAGGAUUGUACAGCUAGCAAUGUCAUAGAGGCUUAUAAUAUUAAACAUGUGCUUAGUUUAGGCAUAAAUGUUGAUAUAGCAGUCAGUAAUAAGGUCAUUAACUGCUUAGAUUUACCUGAAACAGAUAUCAAGGAGGUAUUAUUAGAAAGUUUGCCAUACAUUCGUCAGGCUGUAGAUUCCAAAGAGAAUGUUCUAGUUCAUUGCAAUGCGGGCGUUUCCCGAACCUCUAUGGUGGCUAUAGCUUAUCUAAUGCACUAUGAAAACAUGCAUUUUGAAAACGCUUAUGAUUUAGUGAAAAGUAAAAGGCCUGCUAUACAGCCUAAUGAUGGAUUUAGAAAACAAUUGAAGGCUAUGCAGCCUGGACAAAUAAUAUAGCUGAAUGACGUUUGAUUGUAGACUUUACUGCUUAGGUAAUAAGUGUUAACUGAAUGUUAAGUUUUAUAGAAAUUAAUGUAGAUAAACAUGUAGAUACAAUAUGUAAAUAUAUGUUUGUGAAGUUUAAA